CAGUCGUGAGCAAUCGAACACAGUGUGUUAAAAAAGAGAAAGGAAGCGCUGUGAUACUUUCCUUUAAAGGCGUUUCUCGCGUACAAGAACUAAACAAAGACUAAUAGAACGCCUUUGCGGAGGAUUUCCACUGAGUUUACCAACAUGUGACGCGUCUCUGAACAACGUGGAGUCGAGUUUGGCCUCGCAGCUAAAAAGAUUAACUCAGAGACAUGAGCAUUAAGAGGACCUGAGGGUUUAAGGGGUAAUCACCAUGGCAACACAGUUUAGCAUUGAUGAUGCCUUUGUGCUGGAGGGAGAAGAGGAGGGAGCUGUGUCGGAUGGUGAGACAGAGGGAUGGAAAGGUCGAAACAAGGAUAGAGAUGGAGGAGAGAUGACUUUUGGUACUCUCUCUUUCACCAAACCUCAGACUCACUCUGUUCCUUCUGCCACCGGCUCCCCUGACCAUAGUAACCAGAAGUAUCAGAAUCUGGAAAAUGAAGACGCCUUUGGCAGUAAUGGCAACUCCUCUUUUAAUAACUUAUUUAAAAUCAGUGAUCCGGCAACUCUUUCUUACUGCAGCUCCCAGUGGUCUUUCAGCACCUUGAGUUCUGUCACACAGCUUUCUGCACACUGCUGCGGGUGGGUGUCCCAUCCGCUGGUGAAGAAAAACAGAAGAGUUGUUCUUGCCUCGUUUCUUCUCCUUAUCACUGGACUUGCUCUUAUUUUCACGGGUGUUGUCAUACAGCUGAAUCCAAGUGGAGGAAUUUCAAGUGCUAUUUUCUUUGUUCCUGGUUUCCUUCUCUUCAUCCCUGGAGUGUACCAUGUGAUAUACAUCAGCUGUGCUGUCCGUGGGAGAAGAGGCUUCAAACUGUUCUACCUACCUUAUUUUGAAAAGUGACUGAAUUUUAUGUUGCAAUGUUUUCACUACAUUUCUCUUUUAUCUUAAAAUGAAUUUUAUUUUGUCACUAGUAACAAACAUAUAAUGUCCCAUGUCUCACGUUGUUUUUUUUCUUGUCAUUGUUAUGACCACUAAUUUAACCACUCGGUGUCUGGAGUGUGUUUCCACUGUAUGAACUGACAUUGUUGUGUGGCUACAUGAAAAGAAGGACAUUGGUCUUGCCUGUGUUUUUUGUGUGAAUAAUGACUGUGAAAUUACAAUAAAACGUUUCUAUUUUCUACUACA